AGGUGUGGUAUUAAGCGGACAAAAAAAUGUAACAGCAGCCAUGGCAGCUGAGGUUAAAACUGACCUCAAACUUCUUUUGGAAUGUCUUAAAUGCCAUAUGGGAGAUGUUGAAGUACAAAGAGGCACUCUGCUCACCACUGCUGAUGUAUGUUCAAGCUCAGGUGAUGCCCAGGAGUAUUUCAGAGAGUGUGGAGGCAUCAAUUUUGUCUUGAACCUUCUAACGUCAACUGAAGAUGUCAAGUUGAAGAUUGCAGCACUGUAUAUGCUUGGCUGUGCAUGUGAGAAAAAUGUGUUUUCACAAAAGAGACUAUGCACCCCGGCUGUCUUCAAGUUUCUCUACUGCCAGCUGAUAAGUAAAUGGGAGACAAGUGAGAACUUGAGGAGGACCUCGGCAUUUCUCUUGCUGUGCUUGGUCACAAACAAUGGAGAGGGACAGAAUCUUGCCAGGACAUCUCACUGUCUGGAAGCAUUGCUGAAACUCUUCAGGACCUUGUACCCUACAAAUCAACCCACCUCUGGAUCACCGGAUGAAACUUGGAUGGACUCGAAUGCAGAUCAAAAGAGGCUUGAUCUGUGGACUACCGUGACCAGUACCCUGUGUGGCUGUGUCAAUAACCCUCAAAAUGAGGAAAACCAGCUGAUGUGCUCCUCAGCAGCAUUUCCCGCAGCAAUCAACAUCAUAAGCAAGACCAAGAAUCCAACGGUCAUACGACUGCUUUCAUCCUUCCUGUCUCUAACUAUUGCAAAUAACGGAAGCAAUCAAGACAGGUUUGCCAAACUGGGAGGGCUGGAGAUACUAGUGGACCUCCUUCACACCACCAUAGAGGAACUUCUACAGCAGCCAGACCAAGAUGUCAUACAGGCGGCAGUGCAGCUGGCUAACGUAUUUGUGUCUUGUGUCACCGAUUGUGAGCAAAACCACUCCAGGCUUGUGGAUCUGAACCUUGUCCCCAUGCUGGUUCAACUUUUGUCCAUGGACUUCAUCGAGUCGGAUGUCAGACUGAAAGUUAUCAUCACUUUGGGCCAUCUCACUGAAAAAUGUGAGAGGAGCCAGCGUCAGUUGUUAGAGAGUGACGGCUUGAGUCUGUUGGUUCACAUCAUGGCCGACAAUCAAGAUGAAGAAUUCAACAAAGCCGCUAUGUAUCUGCUUACGAGUUGUGUGGAUCUCGUUUCAUGUAUGGAAGAAGAAAGUCUAAAUGCUGGUAAUGGCUUAAGCACCUCAACGAAACCCAAGUCGGCAGACAAGAGGAACAAGGCACGGGCAGAGAGGGAGACUACAUUGAUCCAACUACGCAGGCUACAGCCAAACGCUGAAGAUGUCCCAAGUGGUAUUGCAGCACCAAGUGGACUGCAGAACAACGAACCAGACCCACGUGCAGUUACAGAGGUGGCACCUGCAGUCACCAGCACCAAUACUAACCCAUCAUCACUGUCCAGCCAUAAGAUGAGUGAGACAACUGAGGAUAACGUGAUUAACGAGUUACUGAGACAACUCCAUGAGGAGAAGAGCACAAGAGAACGUCUGGAAAAUGAAAAGAAAGCCUUCGAGAAACGAGAGGAGACUAGGAAGAGGAGCAAAGGGGAGGCUAAGGAGAUGGCAGAGGCAAUCACCUUAGAGCUUGAGAGACAGUACAAGGAACAGGAGCACCUUGAGACACCCAGAGAAAACCAGGAGCGAGACGUUGAACAGAGACCCAAGUCUGUCUCUCCUGUAAAGCAGCUUCCCUCUCCAGCCAUGAAAGAAGUGCAGCAGAGAUUGGAGGCACUCGAAAAGUCCCUGAAUGACAUCAGCAGUAUGGGUAACCAACUGGCAGAGCAGAUUGCCCAAGCCAAGGAGAGAGACCAACCAACCAACAACCAAGACCGACCAAACUCGACGGCGGAUAGAUUCAAGACAUUGUCAGAUUUUCCCCCUCAGACAAAUGAGGACCGGAGGGAAAAUAAUCCAAAUCGAAAUCAGAAGGUGAAAUCAGAACAGUUACAUGACAGAGUAAACAAAUACUUGAGAAGCCUCAAUGAUGGAACGGAAAACGUCGACAAAUCCCAAACGAUGCAGACAGAUGCUCCACUUAAGUCUCCAAACCAAACCAGCCUGUUCAGAGUUCCGUCAUGCCCGGUAAGACGGCAGCACUUGGGAGCAGCCAGACGGAUCGCGACCGACCAACAGUCCCUCCCAAUACCGAAUGUCAUCAAGAUGCGGGGAUCUGAGAGUGGCUUAAGUCACGCAGAGCCUUCCGAGGAAGGCACACUCUACGAGUCUGACACUGAGAGUUGUGUGUCUGGCGUCACAUCCCUGUCCGCUGUGACAGACACCGAAAUGAGUAUGACUGCCUCAGACAUGUACCUGGUAAAGCAAGCCCAAUCAACCCAUCAGAUGCCUUCCACCAGCAGAGAGCACAGAACAGCUUCUUCCCACCCUCAUAUUUUAUCACCUCCGAGCAGACCAAAUCGCAGCUUCCGAGUGAACUACUCCUCACAGACAGGAGCAACCUUCACACUCCCCGCAUCCACACAUCAGUCUGAUCCCACCAAACCUGGGGUCUCUCGUCUUGGAGUUGGCAAGGACAACUCAAGAGAGUCCAAAGUUGUUUAUCAAUUCAAGGGAUCUCAGAGUGACUUGUCAGGUAUAUCAUCUCUUCAUGGUGUACCCAAAUGCCCAGGCUGUGCCCCACCCAUCAACCGCCCAUUGCUCAAUAGCCGUAACUUCUUGUACACGCUGGAGAGAAGUCCGCACACCUGCUCAGAGCACAGAGAACUACACAGACUCAUCAAGCAAGACAUACAUCAGCGGAGGAUGGCUAAGAGUAGUGACAUCUCCCCUGAAUCUACGAGAAGCACAAGGUCCAAUAUUGUAAGAAACCUGAGCAGUGCCACAAGGAGCAGAAAUAGAAGCCCUCUAUCCACUGCAUCUUCCUUUGCAAACAAACGGGAUGGGCAGCACAGAGAGAAAACAAUGAGUUCUAUCUCAAGACGGCGGCGGAGGCGGCAAGAGUUCACGCAGGAAGAGAUCCACAAUCUCAUCAACGGAGUGGCCAAGAAGGGCAAACACUGGAACUGCAUUCUCUGGGCAUACACGUUUGCCCCAGGUCGGACUGCGGUGGACCUCAAAGACAAGUACAGAAGGAUGCAGGCUCAGAAUUAUCCAGGUGUGCUCCCACUUAGCCCCUUUGCAUCCCUCAAGAGCUUCAAGAGACGACAAACUCGCAAGAUAAUCGACCGCACUUGGAGACCUUAAAGCAGGUAAUGAAAACAUCUCCAAGAAUUUCUUGGUUUUCAUUGUAAAAAAUCCCUCAAAGGUAUAUUUUAUAGAGCUAAAUUCUUUUCCCUUCAAUUUAUACAGGUUGUCCCACUAAAAAACCUAACAGUCGAAAACCAAUUAAUAAAGGUAUAUUGCAUGUGGGUUUAGGAAUAUUUUUAAAUUACCUCUUAAAGUCAGAUAACCAAUCUACCAUACAAACUUUAGUUCAUUAAAAUCGAUGCAUUGGAAGAAACGCUAUGCUUCAUCGAACUCAAGGGUUGAGAAUCUUCUUUCCUUGAAAGUGAGAAAGCGCACAUGGUGCUACCGCAACGACUUACCUUGUCAUUACCCUUCACCAUGCAAACCUUCAAAUUGCAGUUAGAGGAACACACAAACGAAUUAUUUCCUUUGUUUAAGAGUUACGUGUGACUUUAUUCUACUGGCUUCGAUAAUAAAAAAGUGGCCCAAGUGGUUUUUCAAGUCCCGUAUUGUGAUUGCUGUAUCUUUUGAACAAAACAUCCUAAUGAAACCAACUAAAAAGCAUUUGGAAGACCAAUUAUUCUACUCGGCAAUACAU